UGUAUGUAAAAAAUGGCGGAGUGUAAGGUUGCGUUAAACCUUCAUGUUUGAUAUUAAGUUUGUACUAUGCAGUCAAUGUAUAUGAUUAUAUUAAAUAUUUCAAUAGUGUAAUAUAUAUAUAUAUAUAUCGUGUCUAUAAAUUGAUGUAGUGGAAAGACUUUACAAAGUUGCUAUAUUCUCUAUAGUGAUAACGUAUAAAGUAAUACUAGGCAGCUUAGUGAAAAUAUGGAAGGCCAGUCUGUAGAAAAUAAUACAGAGGAAUCUGCAUCCACCAAAUCGACUGUUAAAAUACAUUGUCCUGUUUUAACAGCUUCGAAAUUUGGGAAUUCGUUUGGAGUUAAUGAAUUCUCCAAUAAGCCAAGAUCUACAAUAUUAAGGCCUUCACAAUUAGGUUCAAUUGCGAACAAUACAUCGUCUACGAAUAAAACUGUAUUGCAAUCUCCGAAACUGAAUAGUCUACUUACAAAGCCAACUGAUGAAACUAUAAGUAAUGAUAAUAGUUCAACAACACAAAACGAUAUAAAUGAAACGAAAGAAUGUAAAACUGAAGAAAAACAAGCAGAAGAAAUAGUACCCAAAUUUUUACCAUUAUGUGGAAACACAAAAGAUAACGAGAGUAAUGUAAAUAAUACAGUGGAACCUAGUGCUUCAGAGCCUAGUUUCAUAUUUGGUCAAAAUUUAAAAGAAAGAGUAACUGUUUCCAGUGAUGUAGGAGAAUCUGAGAACGUAGAGAAAGAAGAAACUAAGAAAGAGGAAACUAACGAAAACGGUUCUUCAGAAUUACUUUUCUCAAAUGCAGCAGCUAUUUGUCGUUCAGCUAGUCGUCCUGGUUUAACAUUAACACAGGCAGCACAAGAACUUGAAGAGGCUAGUCGAGCAAAUAAGAGAAAAUAUAGCCAAGUAACGUUGUUAACUGGAGAAGAAGGAGAGACAAAUGUUCUUCAGAUAAAUUGUAAACUCUUUGCUUUUGAUAAGGCUUCCAGUAGUUGGCAAGAAAGAGGCAGAGGAACUCUUCGAUUGAAUGAUAGAGAUGAGGAAUCGCGUUUGGUAGGACGUACGGCUGGAACACAGCGAUUGAUUCUCAAUACUAAAGUUUGGCCUGGUAUGACCGCGGAACGAGCAUCUCCAAAAUCAUUGAGACUUACGGCAAUGGAUGUACACGGAGACAUAAGAAUUUUUAUUGUUCAAGCAAUACCCAAAGAAAUUGAACUAUUAUAUAAUUUAUUGCUACAAAGAAUUAAGCGUGCUCAAGAACGGCAACCUAAGAAAUUAGCAACUGAACAACACUGACGGUUGAUCGAUUGUAUCAAUAAAGUGUUACCCUUAUACAACUAACUUGUAAAAAAGAGAAAUCACACUAACGGGUAUAAAGGCUCAAAUUCAUUGAAACUUUAGGUCCUAUGCAGCACGCGUGUUAAAAGCUACGAUCUGUGCCUUCCUUUGGAAGAUGCGCAUUUCUUGAUAAUCGCACAGCUAUUUGUAAACGAAUGCUGUGUUGGCAUUUUUCAUUUUUCAUGAAUUUUUAAAUUUAUUUCUUUCUCGCUAAAAAGAAAUUUACGUCCGAUCAUUCCCAAUUAAUUUUCUUUUACUUGGAAUCCGAAAAUAGCUGAAAAGGUAUUUCAGCUACUGGGUUAAACAUUUGAAGUAAUUAUUAUAAAUUAGAUAUAAAUCAUAAAAUGUGUAUAACAAAACUAUGUAAUUUCUUUUUUCUUUCACUUUUUGUUCAGAAAUAGUAUAUAAAAAUUUUAUGUUCGUACAAAACAUUAUUUUUUUAUAUAAUAAGAAGUUUAAUUAGUAACUAUGCUCUAUUAUGUAGCAUAUGAGUGGAGUCGUAAGAUAAUUCACUGAAAUAUUGUACGGAUAGUAAUGUAUUCUUAUUACAGUUACAGUACAUAUUUUAUCUCAAAUGUAAAUAAAAUCUUAAUCGGCAGGUAAAAGACAGAAUCGCACGUAUGUUUCAUAUGUUCUAUACGUUUCGAAAGAAAAAUACUGCUUCGGUGCAAACAAAAAAAAAAGGAGCAGUAUUAAUCGUUAAAAACAAAAAGAAUUAAGUCCUCGGCUUUUUUAACUUUUAACUUGUCGAAUUGUUCUCUGCUUGAAGAUAUAAACUAAGAACGCAUUGCUGUCUUUUUCCGAUUAUGAACAACAAUUCUUUAAUAAUUUCGCAACGAGUAAUAAAAUUUCCUACUUACUUAUUGA